CGUGAAGACCCCGCGCAGCAGCAGGAGACAAGAUCAUCACUCGAAGGGAACGACUGCCACCAACAGGGGAGCGCCGACCGGUCGCAGGGGGUCGAUGCACCAAAUGCACCACCACAACCACCACGUAUCGGAGGAGGACCAGCUGAGGAACGAGCGACAAUCGAACGUGAUGUACAAAAACAUCAACCAGCAGAUGCAGCAGAUGGAACUGGACUCGCAACAGAACCACUUGAACUAUUUUGAGGAGACCGGGGCGCCGCCCGAGGACGAGCCGCGCGAUGCGGAGUGGGAGAACGAGACGAUGUUUUUGCAGUCGGACACCUCGGGUGUCCGGACCCAGGUGCGAACUGCGCUCGACGAACUAAAGCGCUUGGUAGACGCCCACGGGAUCCGGAACAAGACCAGCAAUAAACUACUAGAACUACCCGGGACGAGCAGUAGCAGUAGUUCCAAGUCGCAGACGGACGUCGAGCAAGAGCAGGAUCUGAAUUUGGGCACGACGAUCGCGCAGCUCGAAAAGGCCAUCGCCCGCUGCCGGGCGCUGGAGGAGGAGUUUAUUGUGCAGAAGGACAUCGACCACGAAGACAUGCUGCACGACCGGCAGCAAACGGGUUCGUCCUUGGGCUUCUCAACUCACGGGUCGUGGAGUCCGGCAGUUCCGGAGCAGUCCGCCGUGCCGUUACUGGCUGAGCAGAGUGCAAGAAGUAACGCGAGCAAGAAGAGUAACCGCUCCGGCCGCGGUGCUGGGGAGCAGUCGUUUCAGGUGCUUCGAACCGCCACUGCGACGACCACACCGGCUGUUAACGUUCCGCAGACGCGCAGAUCGAUGACGAAUGGGGUCGGAAAUACCGUGACAAACAGCGCAGCCAGCGCAAGCGAUCUUUUGCCCUUGACCAGAUCUUCGCGGCGCUCUUCAUACUGCAGCGUGGCAGCGCGGGGAAUGCUACACCAUCACCACCCGUGGCGGUUUAACUCCGUGCUCGCAGCGGCUCAGGGAUUGCUCAGCACGCUACACGAGCGCCGUUCCGUUUUGCAGCAGGAAAUUUUGCUUGUGUCGCGACUGUGCAAGAAGCGCCUGACCGUUGCCGCAGACGAUGCGCGCAAAACCCUUGCGGAUUUCGAACGUGUUGACGACCUGGGCUGCAUCACCGCAGAUGGAACUUCUACAGCGGCAGCACAAGAAAGUAGUGGCCUUCAUGAAAAUGGGCCUAAUGCUGAUACAGUUGCUUCAAAAGAAGAGAGUCGUAACACCUACCGGCUCGAACCUGAAUUGCUGGAACUUCUAAAGGACGAGUUCCAGGAAGCGAGCUGCCUCGUCCCCGGAACGUCUUCCGCGCAGUUGGAUUAUUUUCAGCACAGACGCAACAAGGUUAAUACCGCUUUCGGGGACCACCUCCACCCUGCGCACCACAACAACUCGCCACGGAAUACAACAUCCCACACCCCGUCGUCCAGGCGUUCGACCAUGGAGAAGUUCCCCUCGUUGCCGUCCGCCCCGACGCUGAACCGCGACCGGUCGUUGCUGCCGUCGUUGAGCGAAAACAAGAGCCCACUCGGAACCGACAUGAUAUCGGACGAAGAGGGCGGAUCAGCAUCUUCUUCCGCGGCUGCGGGGCGGGAAGUAGAGGAACAUCUGAAGUGGGACCCGAGGCGCAUGACGGUCGACUUAGACGACGCCGAAGCAGCGCGCAUGGUGCAACAUGUUGGAGGAGGUGCAGCAGGAGCUCCUGGGCAGCAGCAGCAAGCUGUUGGGCAACAACAUAGUGGAUCUACUUGUUUGUACAACUGCAACGAGCGACCGGACAUUUCCCCGGUUCAUUCGAUGCGCGAGUCGCACGGCUCUGAGCAAGACCUGGAGCAUGACACGAACCUUGCCGAACAGGAGUACGGAGUCGCGCACCUUCCACACAGGAGGAUGCAUACGUCCUCUCGCAAGGUGAUCCUUACAGAAGAACAGCAAAUAACUGCUGAAGACGCGGAGCAGGGCACCAUUUACCCACCGUCCUUGCCCCAUUUUGCACCUCCUCGACGGAAGGGAAGUACUGGCACCACUCGGGGGACCGCCGCGGCCCAGCCGGGCGAUGAAGCGGCACACGACCUUUCGGGCAGCGGAACGCUGACCCCCGCACACAAUGCCUCGCGCGACUCUCGUGGCCACAGCCAAGAGGUGGAUGCAUUGACCUUUGUCGGGCAGCGAUCGUGCAUGCCCACGCCGAGAAGAGGCAGCGCCAACAACGGGGCGCAGCCAAAGAGAAUGGCGAAGGCUGCUUCGCAUCCGGCGAAUGGAAAUGGCUGCAAGAAAGGAGAAAACAGUAAAGAGAGCAAACAGCAGAACUUUUGUCCCCUGCGGUUCGGGGAGAAGGCAGCUAUGAUUGCGGAGGAAGGUAACGGUAUGAAUGAUGCCGCAGAAGGUGUAAAUUUGUCAGAGGACGUGGUGGGGUCCAUAGUGAGAACGCUGCCGACGUCGAGCAGUCAACCCACGGUACAAAUAGCUCCCUCCAAGAACUGCAAAGCGAACGGCUUAUCCAUGGGAAAGACAGCUACGACCGGCGCGACGCCUGGCGCGGCGAGGGCAAUUUUCGGGGAGGGAGAGAUGGCUGCCCCGCUACUGCCCGCAAGAAUGAGUCCAGAAACGAAGGAGAACCUCACGAGGAAGCUGGAACGAUGCUCCUUUACGGACGCGGCGGAGGAGUUGGAAAGCAAGGUGGCCCAGAUGGAGAGCCUCGGUUUGAAGAAUGCGAUUCCCCUGGAGGUCGAGCAGGAGCACAAGUCGCUCAUUUCGCAACUGAAGCGGGCGGCCGCGCGCGACCUGCACUUGCAAGAGCUUCAGCGGGUGCAGGACGUUCUUGGGGACGUGCGGAAGCAGUGCAACGAGUGGUACGCGGAGCACGGAGAGCAGUUUCUGGCGGAGUCCUUGCUUCCCCCGGAUUUGCAACAGACUGCGGCGCAGUUUCGAAGUUGGCGCGCCAGCCAAGGAGCAUCGACUACUUCGGCGUCUAUUCUGGACCACGUGCACCGGUUUGCCGAGGCAAAUGCGAGGAAUCCGGGUACGGGUACCAGCCAGGAGCACACCAACGAAGAAUUCAAACACGAAGAAGCACCAUCUUGAUCCUCAACAGAAAGCGUGUGAAGAAAGAAGGAGGUGGAAUCCGAAUCUUCGAACCGAGUCUUCCGAUUGGAUUACAAGCGACGGGAACGCUUGUAAAACAAACGACGGGAACUCUAUUUUCCAUUGAAAAGAGACUGGAAGAUCAGCGUGGCGACAAAAUAUAUAUAAAUUCUUAUGCAGCCUGCGAUCUCUAACUCUAUCUCUUCGUGAGUACUAGUAGCACGACACCUUCCCUCACGAACACGACAUAGAUCUACUUAACAAGUUGCUUCUAAAUGUGAUUUCGACAUAUCAUAUGAUGAAAUAUCCAAGCCUGCGACCGCCCGCAAAUGAAAAGUGAGAAUUACCAGCGACAUUCUAUUGUGUUUCGUUUCUUGUCUUUGCGCAUUCUCGCCUGCAAUUUGGACAUUUCUGAGGCGUUCAGCAAGCGGCGUGAAUGAACAACGAAAGAUCGAAGCCAAAACACAGCAGUGCUCGGCGAAUCAUCACAGCGACCCAAAGAAAGGAAAGAU